AUGUUUAGGAGAAAGAGAAACAUAAUAAAAUAUACGUUUACUGUAGAAAUCAAACGGGUUAUUGGAGUUAAGAAAUAUCAAGGACAUACAUUGUUUAUUAAAUGGUGGAGAGGGUCGAAAAGUAAAUCAGGUGUAUUGAAACGAUCAUUAGUAAAAGAGGAUGAAGCUUUGUGGAACAGUUCAUUUACUUUUGACACUAAACUACAGCCAAGAGGUAAUGAUGGGUUUAAACCAAAACAAUUAGUACUUAGUAUAUAUGUUGUUAAAACUUCAAGUGAAAUUCUUAUUGGAAGAGUGAAAUUAGAUCUUGCUCAAUACAUUGAUAUGAAUGAUAAAAUUAUUACUUUUCCAUUUACUGAAGGAGAAUGUAAAAAAGGACAAGUUGAAGCGUGUUUAUUUUCAGCUGAGAAAGGAAGUACUAUUAGUAUUUCUACUUCAUUAGCAACAAAUCAACAAGGAUUAAAUAACACAGAUAAGAAAAAUGAAGAAGGAAAUACAUCAUUAUAUUCAGAAACUACAAUAGAAACAUCAUUUCAUGAUUCUGUUGGUUCAUUAAAUGAACUUAUUAAACAACGAGAUGAAUUAAAAGUAGAGUUUGAUGAAAAUGAAGAAGAAUAUGGACAAUUAUGUGAUGAAAUUGAUAAUUUACAAGCUCAAAUUGAUGAGCUAGGUAAUAAUAUUCCUUUUGAUAACGUUUCCUUUUUAAGUCCAAGUAGUUAUAAUUUCUUAUUUGAAAAGGUAUUGUUUAAUACUAAUUUAAAGUUUAUUGAAGACCAACCAGAAAUAGCUAUUAUUUUGUUUAAUAGAAUUCAUGAUGGUGACGAAAUUGUUAAACAAGAAAAUGAUGGGUUAGAUCAUCAAGACGAAAUGACUGAAGGAGAUAAUUUAGAAGAAGGAUAUGAUGAUACUGUUGAUAUUCCAUUUGUUUCAUUAUUAUUUGCAAUUAUUAAUGGUAUUGUUCGUUUGUCAAGUGGGUCUCCUACAAGAUUAUGUUAUUGGUUAUCAACGAUAUUACGAUUAUAUGCAAUGAUUCAUUUGGCAAGAUUUGACCCAAAACGAAAGAGAUUAUCUGAGAUGUGUCAACAAUCAAUUGAAAGUUGUAUUUCAAUGAUAUUAACAUCGAUCAUCGAUUAUUCUAUUUCUAAAACUGAACCAUAUGUUAGUGAUAUAUUCUUAAAUCCUAAAACACGAUUACAAAAUGAACGUGUUUUUAAUUCAGUAUUAUCAGUUCUUAAUGAAAUGAAUAAUAAUCAUAUUGAUGUAAUAUUUAAAGAAGAAUAUGUGAAAUUAUAUUUUCGAUAUCUUGACCGUUAUUUAUUUAAUUACAUAUUACAUACUUCUCCAAGUAUUAAUGUUGAAAUAGCUUUAAAUAUUUUAAUGCAAACAGCAAGAACUCGGUCAUUAAUUCCCUCAGAAUUAAAAAUUCAAGAAUGUUUUAAUUUAACAGGAAACGUUGCUAAAAUAAUCCAAUUAAAUUUAGAGUCAUUUCAACCAAAUGAAUUAUUUUCACAAAUUAAUGUUAUUAAUCCUCAGUCAAUGUUUGAAAUUAUUAAAAAAAUAACUCCUCCAUUAAAAAAAGCAAUUAUUACAAAAUAUCAACAAGCAGUAUUAGGUCAAAUUAAAGUUAUAGACAUUGAUCCUUAUGCAUCAGUAUCAAUAGAUAAAACAACUCUUGACAAAUUUCUUUUCAAACAGAAUUAA